UUGAUCAUACUUUAUCUGUCAGUUCUGGUAAAUAUUUACUUGGUUUCACUCAUCAACAUUGUAUUGUAUUCAAUAUGCUAUAAGAACAUAUCUAUGUAAAUUAUUGGAAAUAGCAUAUACCCCAGACAAUCUAGGCUUUUAGUCAGCAAGAAAAGUUAUGGGAGCAGUAAAAUAUGGAAUCUUUUUUUUUUUACUGUCAAAGAUUCUUGCUGUGAAUUGUCUUCAAAAAAAUCCUACAGAUUCGGUACAGUUUAAUGGACAAAAUGCAGGAGCGCCUAAUUCUUGGGCUGGUCAACCAGUUCCUCAAGAAAUUACAAAUUAUUAUAAUUCAAUAAAUCCUAACCCUCCACAAAAUCCUUAUUUGAAUAACAAUGAUAAUCAACAACACAUUAAUUAUCAGCAACAAUCGCCCAUGUCUCAACCGUAUAAUGAGCCACACCACUUUAAUACACCGCAACACUUAACUGCACCGCAACACUUAGCUGCGCCGCAACACUUAGCUGCGCCGCAACACUUUACUGCACCGCAACACUUUACUACGCCGCAACACUUUACUGCACCGCAACACUUUACUGCGCCACAACAAUUGACACCCCAAGAACAAAAUUAUUUGCCACCAAUACAACCACCAACAAAUCAUCAGAACCAUCAAGUGAAUACGUUUCAGCCACAUUUAACGGGAACGCCUCAAAUAGCACAAGCUAAUCCAAUGCUUCAACAUCAAUCAAAAGCACCACAGUCAAUACCAAUAGACCGAUUCAACAGUGAAUCUGUGCAUGAUCAGCAGUCAAUUAAUAUGCAAUAUCCAAAAUUUAAACAGCCUGUAAUAAAUCAGAAAAAUGAAAACCAACAAUCACAGGUACCACAAUUUACACACAAUUUAUACCCACCAUCACAGAGUGGACAAGGAGAACCACAGUCUUUCGGAACAAUGGAACCUUUGCCUCCAAAAGAAGACCAGAAACAUUUACCUAUGAGUUUAAAUCACCCAAUAGCUGAGGAAUUACCAGAUUUUGGUGAAUUACCAGAUUUCGACCAAGUUAUAAAUAACAAUGAAAAUAAACCAGUACAAGUCCCUUCAACAAUAGUCCCACAGUCAUCACAACAAACAUUGUUUAGUUCUAAGCCUGAAAUUCCUAGUAAUACAUUUUUACCACCUACAUCACCACUUCCAUCACAAAAUCAAUUGCAACCGUCUCAUAUACCAUUACAAUCGUCUUUAAAACCAUUAGAUAAAGAUUCUUCAACAACUGAUAAAAAUAAUGCUCCGUUUAUUUCUAAAGCAAACUUUCCUAAUAAUAUAUUACUUCCACCAACAGAAAAUCAAUUAAAUUUACCACAAUCUUCUCCUUCAAUUCCUCCUAUCUCAAAUAAAUUACAACUAUCUCAAAUGCCAAUACAAUCUUCUGUGAAACCAUUGGAUAAUGGUUUUUCCACAUUUAAUAAUAAUAAAAUGGAUAUUAAAGAUGAUGAGCCGUUUAAUUCUCAAUCAGAUUUUCCGAAUGAUACAUCUUUUUCACCAGAAUUACCUCCACCAACAGAAAAUCAGUUAAAUUUACCACAAAAUUCUCCUUCAAUUCCUCCUAUCCCAAAUAAAUUACAACUAUCUCAAAUGCCAUUACAAUCUUCUACAAAACCAUUGGAUAAUGGUUUUUCCACAUCUAAUAAUAAUAAAAUGGAUAUUAAAGAAGAUGAGCCGUUUAAUUCUCAAUCAGAUUUUCCGAAUGAUACAUCUAUUUCACCAGAAUUACCUCCACCAACAGAAAAUCAAUUAAAUUUCCCACAAUAUUCUCCUUCAAUUCCUCCUAUCUCAGAUAAAUUUCAACUGUCUCAAAUGCCAUUAGAAUCUUCUAAAAAACCAUUGGAUAAUGGUUCUUCCAUAUAUAAUAAUAAGAAGAUGGACAUUGAUGAUUAUAAGCCGUUUAAUUCUCAAUCAGAUUUGCCGAAUGAUACAUCUCUUUCACCAGAAUUACCUCCACCAGCAAAAAGUCAAUUAAAUUUACCACAAUAUUCUCCUUCAAUUCCUCCUAUCCCAAAUAAAUUACAACUAUCUCAAAUGCCGUUACAAUCUUCUACAAAACCAUUGGAUAAAGGCCCUUUAACGCCUGAUACAUAUAAUAUGGAUACUGAAGACGAUGAGCCAUUUGAUUCUCAACCAGAUGUUCCUAAUGAUACAUUUCUUGGUCCAAAAUUACCUCAAUCCACACAAAAUCAAUUUAAUUUACCACAAUCUUCAUCAUCAGAACUAUCAGAUAAAGGCCCUUCAACGCCUAAUAAAAAUAAUAUGAUGAUUGAAGAUGGGUUGCCGUUUAUUAAUUCUCAAUCAGAUGGUUCGAAUGAUACAAUUCUUAAUCCAAAAUUACCUCAACCAACACAAAAUCAAUUAAAUUUUCCACAAUCUUCUUCUUCAAAUUCUCCUAUCUCCAAUCAAUUAUCACCGUCUCAAAUGCCAUUACAAACGUCUUCAGAAUUAUUAGAUAAAGGUCCUUCAAUGCCUAAUAUAAAUACUAUGCAGGAUAAAAAAGACGGUGUGUCAUUGACUUCUAUACCAGGAUUUCUGGAUGAUAAAUCAGAGCCACUUAUUAGCAAUGUUCUGCAAAAUGAAAACAUUUUGAUAGAUAAUUCACAAACAGAUAUGCAAACAUUUUUAAAUCCUGAAAAUAAUGAUAGCAUAAAUCCACUAAAUAAUGUUUCGGAAAAUCAAGAUUAUUCUAAAUUAGAAUCUAAUAAUAUACCACCACAAGAACAGGACGUUAUCAUAACUUAUCCACAACUAAAUGAUUUAAUAAAAGAUAUAACUUUAAAUAACGAUACUCAAACGUUGCAAAAUGAAUCGAACGAUUUACCAUUGCCAACAAAUGUUGUAGAUACACAGUUGAAUGAAGAAUUGAAAUUAGAAGAAGCAAUGUUUAAAUUACCAGUUUUUCCAUUCAAGGAAUAUAAUGAUGAAAAAAAUGCAUUGAAUUCAUUGGAAAAUAUAGUAUUUGACGAACCUUUAGAGCAAGGACUAUCAAAGUACGAUAAAUCAUAUAUUGUAGACACGGAAAAUCCUGAAAACGCGAAACAGGACAACUCUAAAAUAACUGUGUUCGCCAAUCCUAAUGAUGUUCAUAUCCAGCAAAUAUCUCCGGAACAAUCACCAAAUAGUGAUAAUAGUUAUCCAAACAAUAAUUAUUUAUUAAAUACGCCAUCAACCGAUAUACCAUGGUAUGAACCCUCGUUUCCAAUUACAGUUGAUUAUGUUCAUCAAUCGGAUUCGAAUGCUAAUAAUCCACUAGGUUCAUUAUUAAAUUUUAAUCAAAAUCCAAUGUAUCCGUCAACUAAUAAUUAUUAUAAUCAACAAGACCCUUAUUCUGGUUUUGGUCAAAAUCAGAUGAUAUCUAAGACACAAUUACCUAGUUUGUCGCUAAAUGCCAAUCAACCAAGCUCUAAAGACAAUAGUGGAUGUAUUUACAAGAAAGUAGAUUUAAAAAACCCUCCUCCGGAUAUUUCUAAUUCAUGGUUAUUAUUAGAUAAAGAUUACACAAAAAAUCCAAACCAAAAUAACGCGUAUACUGCAAGUUAUGAUGGUACAACACAUGCGAAUAUCUUCGAAACACCUUCAAUGUCUUACCAAAAUAAUAUUCAGGGAAUUUUAAAUUCAUCUUCAAACGAUAUGUUUGUACAAAAUAUGAUGUCUGUAAUUUCAAAUUCGCUUCAGGCACCGUUGGUUGGGACAAAAGCAAUAUUUGACGUAACACGUGCAAAUUUCCCACGUGCACCAGUGAGUCAUAUUAUUCGCUUAACACAUGCUAUUGUACGAUCCGUCAUGCUCAAUCUUCGGCUGACUUUUAAUACGAUUAUGAACACUAAUUUAUACGGUCAUCGGUCUAAACGAUAUUUUAAUCCUUCUGAGGCCUUGCAUAAAUUACCAGGCGCUCUGAUUAACAAAUACUCUCAAGAAUAUUUCGCUGCGCCGAGAGCAAAUAAUAUGAAUAUGCCUUACUAUACUCGACCGGAUGCAACAGGUCAACCAUCGAUGGCAGAUUUUUCUGCAAGUCAACCAAUGCUUCAGCUACAUCAGACGUACUACGAUGGUGUAACCAGUACGAAUUACUACGGAUCACAGUACAAUAAUAAAAACAGAGCCGCGCCGCAACCAGCGAACACUCAAAAUUACGUUUUAAAUUCUUUGGUCGAUGCCAUAAAAACUGCAAUACGUUCAAAUAUACCUGAUCCGUACUCAAUCGACACCCCGGAGGUAAAAGAAUACACCCAGCAAGUGAUCGAGACCGUUGAAAUAGUAUUCAAAAAUCAGAUUGAUAACAUAAUUUAUGGACAACCGCCAACAAUGAAUACAUAGUAAAAACUAAUAAAUCAAUUAAAAUAACUUUACUUGAAUAUUUUCAUUUAUUUUACAAUUAAACAAUUACAUAAACAUGAUGCUGUAUAAUUUAAAAAAGGUACAAUUAUUAAGUAAUAUAAGGCACAAGUGUAAGGCACUUUUGUUCGUACACACAAUAAACAAUUAGCCUAAUA